AACACAGCGUUAGCUUCACUGCUACUUGUUAGCUAGCUAGUUAGCAUGUUUCUUAAUGCCCAAUCAGCGCAAACAUGUGAAAAUGAAUGCGCCCGCGCAUGGAGCUAGGUUUGCUAAUAUGCUAGCUAGCUAACUUGCUAGAUUCAUGCGCGAAGUGACAGGUUCCUGGCUUUUAUCAACUGCGUUCUGCAGAGUUGUCUGUGAACAUGUGUUUGAGGAAGAAUGAAAUAAUGCUGAUAUCGGGAACUCAUGUCGAACAUCUAUGAAGAGAGAGCCACAAUGAUAGCCGCUGGGGAACUGCAGUCGUUUGUCCCGUUCGGUCGUGAGCACUGCAAAAAUCACCCGAACGCCGUUAACAUCCAGCUGCGACAGCUGCAGCCUGCGUCUGAGUUGUGGUCCUCAGAUGGCGCGGCCGGGCUCGUGGGGUCCCUUCAAGAGGUCACUCUUCAUGAGAGAGAUACGGAAUCCUGGCAACUUAGAAAGGGUUCAGAUGGCGCUACUGAGGAGGUUGAGUAUGAGGAGGAACUUUAUGUGGCUGGUAACAUGGUUAUCUGGAGCCGUGGAACCAAAGGCCAAUCCUCCUAUGUCUACAAGGCCUUUACUGUGGAUAGCACAGUGCAACAGGCCUUGUGGUGCAACUUCAGAGUUCCACAAAGUAAAAAGUGCUCAAAAGAGAUUGUGGAACAUACAGUUUGCAUCGCACAGAGCACAUGUGUGAACGUCCACAGCGUGAGUGGAAAAGACUUCAUUGCUCCUCUCCCUUUUCAGGUCUCCACACUGUGGCCCACCAUGUUUGGCCUGCUGCUUGAGCGCAAACAUCUGACCACUGAUGUUCCCAUGAGUCCUCCAAGAGAGCCUCUCCCCACCCUCUUCAGCAUGCUGCACCCUCUGGAUGAAAUAGCUCCUCUGGUGUGCAGGUCCACAGCCCUGUUUGAUAUCCCCCGCAUCCAGUAUGUGUCAGACAACACGAUGAGGGUGGUGUUCUCCUCCUGUGAUCCCUCUGUUAUCAUGACCUACGACACAGUGCAGUGCACGCACACGGUGUGGUUGUUGCGCAAAGUGACAGUCGAGGAGCAGUCGGUUCUGCUGAAGUGCCCGGAGCCCGGGCCUGGAACAGGUGCUGCCAGCUUCCUGGGCACACACCUGCGCAACGUCUCGCGACUGGACUCUCCCGCCUCACCUCUCCACUGCCACGCCCUGCACAACCAGAGCCGCCUGGCGCCCUCCCCAAAUCUACACUCCCGCGCCCACUCCCCUGGCAUCUCCAACAUGGCAGCCCUCAGCCGUUCCCACAAUCCAGGCAUAGCGGCACCGUCCUUCAGUGGUGCCCAGCGCUUCAACAUCUCUUGCCACUCCCCUUCACCCCGCGGACACAGCUUGCUGGCCUCACCCAACAGCACGAUGAACGAGUCGGCUCUGCUGCCCGAGAAGGAGCCCAUCAUCCCGGACCUGUGCAUCGAGCAGCUGUGGACUGAGACCACCUCCGAUCAUAGGGACACGAGCUGCCAGACCUCCAAAGUGUUCAUCACGUCAGACCUGUGUGAAAACAGAUAUCUGUGUUUUCUUGUGGAGUCGCACCAGGAGCUCAGAUGUGUGAAGUUCCUGGAUAGUAACCACCCAUCUCAGCUGCUCUUUGUGUCCAUGUCCACAAUCCCAGCCAAGGACGCCGCCCCAUUACAGGACAGAGACUGCAUGCUUGUCCUGGAGGUCAACGGCAGCCUGGUCUUGUACACAGGAGUAACACGGGUCAGUAAGGUGUUUGUGCCGGGCCUUCUGUCCCCGUCCCUCGGCGUCCCCAGCUGCCUGCCACACCGCUGCAGCUCCAUGGACAGCGUCAGCACCCCCGCCAAGCCCACCGUCAGGCACCUGAGCAACCUGGAGGAGAUUGGCGUGAUGCCCUCUCCUGUGAUGGAGGGUCUGGGCCAAGCCAAGCACCACCACGAGACGUCCUGGGUGGAGGAUUGCACCUUCCAGCAAGCCGUGCCCCACAUUCACACUCUUCGAGACUCUGUCAGCAGCAGAGUUACUCUGGAGCUGCGCAGCGGCUCGAUGCUGAGGAUAACCAUCCCUGAGAUAGCGACUUCAGAGCUCGUGAUGCGAUGCCUUCAGGCCAUCCGCUUCAUUCUGCCCAAGGACACGGCAAUGAAGGUGCUUGUCAAGUGGUACAACAUCUACAACGCCCCAGGCGGUCCCAGCAUGCACCUGGAGUGGAACCUCUUUGUCACCUGCUUCAUGACACUGAUGGGCUACAACACUGACCGGCUGACGUGGACCCGGAAUCUCCACUUUGAAGUGCCCCUCUCCCCAGUAAUCGCUCCGAAGAAGGCUAGACCUGCCGACACAGGCUCCGACGAGGACUGGGACUACCUGUGCUGCUCGGACUAUAAUUGGCAGCUGUCCAUGCAGCAUGUGGCGGGUGUGCCGGGGCUGGGCUCUCCGGCUCCCUCUGGUGUUAGGGAGGAGCAGGUGUCUGUGCUGAGCGUGGACUCCUCCGCCCCUCUGUUCCAGCACAUCCCCUCCCUGUUCUCUGUGCUGCACCUCCUCUAUGAGGACCUGAAGCUGGAUGAGCUGCAGCGCAGUGGAGCGCGGGCCCUGGUUGGGCUCCUGCAGCAGAUGGCCAGAGACCUGCAGCUGGAGGAGUACAUUGAUCUGUACUGGCGCGAUUACCCCUCAUUCAUCAAAACGUUCAGCGAGUCGUGCGUGAUAGACCAGGCUCAGCUGGAGCAGAUGAUCAGGCCCUCAUUCCUGACACCCGAGCCGCCCUCUGUUUUCGGCUGGCUCAGCAACUGCCUGAGAGGAGAGGAUGUGACGCCAUUCCCCUACAUGCCUGGCAUCUGUGAGAGGACCAAACUACUGGUGCUCAGCUACGCCCUUUACGUGGCUGGAGAUGUGAAUGCAGUGUCGGACGAUGUCUUUAAAUACCUGGCCAAGAUCGCUGCUGGUCAGAAGAAAACCAUCUUUGAUCCAAUCCCUGAAAUCAGGAGGGAGAGCUGCGUGAAGUUUGCGGCUCCGCAGGGAAACCUGGCCGAGAAACUGAUGGAGUGGCUGACAUCUGCAGGGUUCACACUGAAGGACCUGGAGUCGGUGCCUUUUGGGGCAGCCCUGCCAAUCAGAGACGCCAUCUACCAGUGCCGAGAGCACCCGUGCUCUGAUUGGUCCGAAGAGGUCUGCGCACUGAUUGGGCGGCAGGACCUGACCAAGCAGGCACACAAAGUGACUCUUACCAAAGGCAAAUCAACUGUGGGCCUUGGGGGGGUUAUGCUGGAGCCGCCCGUGCCCAGCGAGGCUGACGAGGAGGAGGACGGCAUGGCAGACCUGGACCCCGAGGUGACAGGGCUGAUCUGGAGUCAGGACCUGCGCGUGCAGGAGGUGCAGCGUCUGCUGCAGAGCUCCCGGCCCGUCCGUGUCAACGUGCCACAGCUGCCUGAGGUCAGCGAUCACGAGUACAUCGAGGAGAAGGAGAACAAGCUCCUGCUGUUGUGCCAACGUACCAUGGCACUGCCCGUUGGCAGAGGGCUCUUCACACUCUUUUCCUAUCGGCCCGUGCCUACCGAGCCCUUGCCCGUGCCAAAGCUCAACCUCACGGGCCGUGCCCCUCCUCGCAACACCAUGGUGGACCUGAGCAGCGGCAACAUCGACGUGCCGCCCAACAUGACCAGCUGGGCCAGCUUCCACAACGGCGUUGCGGCCGGCCUGAAGAUCGCCCCCGCAUCACAGGUGGAGUCGGCCUGGAUCGCCUACAACAAGCCCAAGAGCGCUGAGCUGGCCAACGAGUAUGCAGGAUUCCUUAUGGCCCUGGGUCUCAACGGACACCUCACCAAGCUGGCCACGCUCAACAUCCACGAUUACCUCACCAAGGGGCACGAGAUGACCAGCAUCGGCCUGCUGCUGGGUGUGUCUGCCGCCAAGCUGGGCACCAUGGACAUGUCCAUCACGCGGCUGCUCAGCAUCCAUAUCCCUGCACUGCUGCCGCCCACCUCCACUGAACUGGACGUGCCGCACAGCGUCCAGGUGGCCGCCGUGGUUGGCAUCGGCCUCGUCUACCAGGGCACCGGGCACCGCCACAACGCAGAAGUGCUCCUCGCUGAGAUAGGUCGGCCUCCUGGUCCAGAAAUGGAGUAUUGCACAGACCGAGAGUCCUACUCCCUUGCUGCUGGUCUGGCUCUCGGCAUGGUGUGCCUCGGGCACGGCAGUAACCUGAUCGGCAUGACUGACCUGAACGUGCCCGAGCAGCUCUACCAGUACAUGGUGGGAGGGCACCGCCGCACCCACGUCGGCAUCAACAGGGAGAAGCACAAGUCCCCCAGCUACCAGAUCAAGGAAGGCGACACGAUCAACGUGGAUGUGACCUGUCCUGGUGCUACUCUAGCUUUGGCCAUGAUCUACUUGAAAACAAACAACAGGUCUAUUGCAGAUUGGCUUAAGGCCCCAGACACCAUGUUCCUGCUGGACUUCAUCAAGCCAGAGUUCCUGCUCCUGAGGACGUUGGCCAGGUGCAUCAUCAUGUGGGAUGAGAUCUUGCCCAAUGCGGAGUGGAUUAGCAGUAAUGUGCCCCAGAUUAUUCAGGAAAACAUUGGGACCUGUGAGGAAGUGCAAAUCUCACAGGACUUGAACAUGGAGACUUUGGCUCAAGCCCAUGACUACAUCAUUGCUGGAGCCUGCAUGGCUGUUGGGUUCAGAUUCGCCGGCUCUGCCAACUCUGAUGCUUUUGACUGCCUGUACAAGUUUGCCAGGAUGUUUAUGCAGUCCCUAACGGCCUCAGCUGCCACAAUUACGGGCCACUACAAUGUGCAGACGUGCCUGAGCAUGGUGCUGCUGGCCCUGUCCAUGGUGAUGGCGGGGUCUGGGGACCUGAAGGUGCUGCAGCUGUGUCGCUUCCUGCACAAGCGCGUGGGCGGAGAGAUGAACUACGGCUUCCACAUGGCCCACCACAUGGCCCUGGGCCUGCUGCUGCUCGGGGGAGGGAGGUACACACUUAGCACGUCCAACUCGGCCAUCGCCGCGUUGCUGUGUGCGCUCUACCCCCACUUCCCUGUUCACAGCACGGACAACCGAUACCACCUACAGGCUCUGAGGCACCUCGGGGUCCUGGCAGCAGAGCCUCGUCUCCUUGUGCCAGUGGAUGUGGACACUCUCAAGCCCUGCCAUGCCUUAUUGGACGUCACCUACAAGGAGACUAAAUGGUAUGGUGAGGUGACUGUUGAGUUGAUGGCUCCUACCUUGUUGCCAGAGCUACACCUUCUUAAAGAGGUCCGAGUCAAAGGUCCUCGCUACUGGGAGCUUACCAUAGAUAUGAGCAAAGGAGUUCAGCAUCUACAGUCUAUUCUCUCCAGAGAUGGGGUUUUGUAUGUGAAGCUACGGGCGGGCCAGCUGCCAUAUAAAGACGACCCACUGGGCCUGAACAGUCGUCUGGCACCCAACCCCGACGUGAGCUCAUUUAAGCCCCAAGCCAUCUCGGCCUUCACCUCCGACGGUGCCUUGCUCUCCUUCGCCGAGUACUUCUGCCAAGCCUCCUCCGACAGCGUUGCCAAACACAAGCAGGCCUUAUUCUCUGCCAUCCUCUACGAAUGUGUAACUCAGGAGAACCCUGAGAUGCUGCCCACAUACAUGGCCAUUGAUCAGGCGGUGCGUGCGGUGGAGCGGGGGGAUGCGAGCGAGACGUUCGCCCUGGGCCAGAUGAAGCUGGUUCUGGAGCUGUGUGAGAGCCGCGGGCUGCAGAGACGCCUCACCACGCCACAUCACAGGAAGGGGCGGGGCCUGCUCCUCACCUCCGAGUUCCUGCCGGUCAUGAAGAGCGCCGCUGACUCCGCUUUCGACCGCUGGUUGUCUGGUAACAGCCAUGUGCUUUGUGGAUACAUGAGUGGCCAGCCUCUUAAUGAGGACACAGAGACCAACAUGCUGGCUUGCUUCCUGAUCUACCACUCCCUCCCCAGCCUCAAGAAAAUGGCUGCUGCCGACCUAGAAGGAAGUGCGUCGUUCCCGGAGUUGCUGGUGAAGUGCAGUCAGCUGGGAGUGUCUGUACGGGCCGUGCUCAGUCUGACUCCUCUGCUGCUGGGGACAGCUGGGAUCCCCCAGCCGGUGCACUGACCCAUACCCGUACCUACCUUUCCCUUCCCGGCCCACGCCUCACACCCACACGGAGGAUGAAACACAAAUCAACGUUGCAUCCUUGCAGCAUGUAUAAUAUUUGUACUUAUAGUUAUAAUGGGGAUACUAAGAAAUAAAGAGCAAUCCAUCUUUUUCUAAAUA